AUCCACAAUGACCAAGUGACAGAUCUGCUUGACGCAAAUUUAAGGCAAAUUGAGAGAGGUCCAGGACAGUUCAGAGCAUCCGGUCUACUAGCCAACUUGACUGAUAACUUUGGUAUGUCUCGUCUGGCUUCGACUCUGCGAGGUCUUUCUGUCGGUUCUGGACUGUCGUCACCACGCCGAGUGCAAGUGUCUCACGAGACAUCAGUUAAUCGAGCCCGUGGAGGCGUCAACUGUAUGGUAAGGCUGCGAGGCGCUGUCGAGCUGGAGUUGGUACCAGAUGAGCUGAGCAUCUUGCAGACGGUUUGGUAG